AUAGAGCUGGAGAGAAGCCAUUAUUCAGAUCACGAAAUCCGUAAGCUGGAGGAAGAGGAGCAGCUCAGGAGGAGGAAGGAAAGCGCCUACGACGAGGAAGAAGCGGUCGGUAAAACCGUCAUCAUGGCCCAAGACCUGGAGGAUAAGUGGGAGCAGAAGUUGCUGCGGUUCAAAGCCGCGCCGAGGGUGACAGAUGCCGACAAAAACAACAACCGAACAUCGCUGGACAGGAGACUGGACAGUAACCUGAUGCUUCUGGUGAAACAGAAAAUCGGUAGCCAGGAAUUGUGGCUCCUCCCUCAAGCGGAAUGGCAGCCUGGAGAGACCCUGCGAAGCACAGCUGAGAGAGCCAUGGCUACAUUUUUGGGAGAUGACAUUCAAGCCAAAAUCCUGGGGAAUGCGCCAUAUGGGAUUUACAAGUAUAAAUUCCCCAAGGCCAUCAGGACUGAGAAUAAUGUGGGAGCCAAAGUGUUCUUCUUCAAAGCCUUCCUCCAAAGCAGUGGUUUGUCCCAAGUAAAGCUGAAGGAAGAUUACCUGUGGGUCACAAAGGACGAGCUGGGAGAUUACUUGAAGUCGGAAUACCUGAAAAAAGUCAAUCGAUUCCUUCUGGACUUGUAAGCGAUAGACUGUGCUCUGGCAGAUGGGGAAGAUGUUGGGACACGACUCCAGGGAGGAGCACAGCUGCUGCUUUGCAUGGUCUGUGUGUAUGAGAUAUUAACGUGGGCUCUGGAGGAUAAUUUGCCUUUCCCUUAUUUCCUAGUUCUCUUCACCAGGCCUGUGCAGAAUAAAUAUUAAAACU